AUGCUGCUAACGCUGGUGCUGUGGAUUGACGCCCAGCUUGAACGGUAUCGCAGCGCAGUGAUCAGAGACAUCGACGCUGCGUCAUCAACACGAUUCAUGAUUCCAGCACAGUUCACAUCCAACAAUCCAAGCGACAACUACCCCCUACUUCCUCAACAGGAUGGAAAAGAAGUCUGCUUUAAGUUCAUCUCAAAGAAAGGGUGCCCGUCCGGCGAUCAGAACGUGUGUAUCUUUGCCAGUAGAGCGCACUUCUACCCAGCGGCCAUUUCCGACCAACUGCGCAACUAUCUUCGCCGAAUGUUUGGUGGUGUUCACAGCAACUACAAGUGA